GCAUAUGCUACAUGCAGACGGGGGGCGAGAUCCCGUCUCACUGUCGUGAGGAUGGCACAGAGGCGACAGCCGGGAGGUCCUGGAGGGCCUCAGCAAACGACACUCACCUGUAAGCACAGCACGGCAGAGAGAUUCUGGAGAGCAAAGCAGGAUGUGAGACGCCCAUGCACAUGUGUGUCCUCUCUCUGUGUUCCCCGUGUGUGUUGUCAGUCAACCUGAAGGAGAAGCCGCCGCACCCAUACGCCAACCUCAUGUAAGAAGGCAAACCACGCCCCCACCCCGUCUCUCUCUCUCUCUCUGUUGAUGUCUGUCUGUCUGUCUGUCUGGAUCGUCUGCAGGCGCCGUAUGGUGGAUCGUCUGCAGGAGGUGCAGCAGGAGGUCGCCCAGGAGACCGCAUCGGCCAUCGAGUUCGAACACACAUCCAAAAAGGUCGGUAGAGACGGAGGGAGAGAGGAAGAGAGAGCUGUCGAGCUUUGCAGGCAAUCGAGUCCAUAGCGCGACAGCUCGACACGGUCAAGUCGGCCUUUCACUCACUCAUGGACGUGGUCAGUCAGCCGCACACACGCACACACACACACACACAAAGGAGAUCUGUGUCUGUGUCUGUGUCUGUGUGUGUGUGUGUGGGUGGUGUGUGUGUCAGCUGAUGGAGGAGAUGCAGCAGCUGGAAACGAGCUUCACCGCCCUGCAGGCACCCAUCCGCACACACACACACACUCACACACACACACAGAGAGAGAGAGAGAGAGCAUUGAUGCGUUGGUUGGUUCGUCAGGGUGAGCACGAGAGGCUGCAGACUGAGGUUGGUGCGAUGGACCAGCGCGUGCAGACCAACACCAUUCGACUCAGGGAGGACCUCCACUCCAUGCAGAAGGACACACGUAAACACACGCACACACACAGAGAGAGAGAGAGAGAGAGCAAUAAGACGCCUCUCGCUCUCUCUCUCUCUCUCUGUGUGUGUGUGUGUGUGUGUGUGUCUGUGUGUGUGUGCAGAUCAGCGGUGCACGUCGGCGUCAGACGAGGUGUCCCGCCUCGAGUGUCAGCUCGUCAGCCUCUGCGAGAAGGAGGCCUUCCUCAAACAAAACGUCCAGACCAUCAACGACACUCUCGCCAAAAGGUGCGUCUUGUCCAAUGAUGUCUUCUCAUGGAUGGAUGGAUGGAUGCAGGCAGGGAGAGGUGGAGGGCGCCGUGACGACUCUGCGGCAGGAGAUCUCGCAGAUCAAGGACACACAGGAUGUCACUGUGAGCAAGAAGCCACGGAAAGGACACACCCCCCCACACACACAGACCCACACAUCCCUCUCCCUCUCCCCUAUGUGUGUGUAUGUGUGUGGGUCAGAGGAGGGAAUCGCGAGCGUCUGUGUGUGCCUUGGAAACACGCCUGGACAACCUCUGUGAAGCGGUGAGCACUUCUGCACACACAUACACAUAUAUAUGGGGGUCACCACACAAGAUGAUGACCACACAAGAAAUCCAACUCCGACCACACAGAGGAGUGGUGUGGGGACACAACAGCCAAUUUUAACCGUCUGAUGUGAUAUGAUAUGAUAAUGGCCACACACACACUCACACACACGCGAGACACCCACACCAUGCCGCAUCACGACACCUGACUGUCUGCCUGUCUGUGUGUCUGUGUGUUUGUUGAUGCACCUGCAGCUCGAGAACCGCUUCACCAAAAUGGAGCGCGCGCAACAGGCAAGCACCGCCCCCUCUUGCCCCACACACAGAGAGUGAGAUUGUCUGAUGUUGUGCAGACUCACUGGGACUGCCUCAAGAGCUGGGCCAGCCGCUCUCGCAGCACACACCCCCCGCUGCCCUCUGCCCUGGAGAACCCCUCCCCCCACACACCAGCACCAGCAGCCACACACAAGCCCAUUAUUACCGACCCGGAUCCCCACACCCACACCCACACCAGCACCAGCAUCCAUCUCCCGGCCCUGCCGCCCACAAAGCCGAUCGACAUCACAGGAUACUCCCACAGUGUCAUGAGGGACUACGUCAUGGGCAAGCAGAAGCAGACAGGGCCUUUCUCGCCGCCCACUGUGUCGCCGACAGGGAUUGGCAAGGGGGGCUCUUCGCUGCGGCCGCAGCAUCUUGUGGGUGUGGGCAAUGUGCCCAGUUUGUCGCCGUCAAUCGCUGGAGGGGUCGGGGGCGUUGGGGCGCGGUCGCCGCCGAUCCCCAUCAUCCCUUCUGCUGCCGAUGGUGGGUCGUUGAGAAGGUCGAUUGGCUCUACUUGUCAUUAUGUCUCUUUCUUUCCUUCAGAGGAAGAUGGUUUAGGCAUGAUUAGAGGCGGGAAGAUCCCCGACGCCGCGAGGGGGCCCCCCUGUCUCUCCCCCCUCUCUCCUCUGUCAAUGUCGCUGCGCCAACACCAGCAGCAGCAGUACCCCCGCGCCGCCCUCGGCGGACACACAAGGGGAGCGGUGGGUGUGGAUGCGGCUCUGCCGUCACCUGACGUUGACCAUACAGUCGGUGUGGGUGGUGGCUUGGGGGGCUUGGGGGGGUUGAGGAGGGAGCAGAGGGACGGGGAGUAUGUGAUUUGCAAAGGGGGGGUGCCGACGCCCAUGUAUGCCGCGGCGGGGUACGUCGGUUGAUUGAGGGCUGCUGCGUAUCUGUCUCUGUCUGUCUGUCUGUCUGGGGGGGUCUGUGUGGGUGUAGGUGAUGGCUAGAGGGCUGGCGUGUUUGUGUGAGAGAGCCGCCUGACGCUUCUUUGGCUGUGUGUCUGUGUCUGUGUCUGUGUGUGUGUGUG